AUGAUUGUUGCUAGUGCUAUCCAAGUAGCUAGUUCAAAAGACAAAAACCCUAUUGAAUGUGAUAUGACCUUUUAUGGUGUAAUCAAAGAAAUUUGGGAAUUAGAUUACAUUAGCUUUCGAAUCCCUGUUUUUCUUUGUGAUUGGGUGAGGAGUGAUAAUGGAGUUAAAGAAGAUGAGUUUGGAUUCAAGCUAGUGGACUUGAAUCGAGUAGGACACAAGUCUGAUCGAUUUAUAAUGGCAUCCCAGGCAAAACAAGUAUUUUAUAUGAGUGACCCAAUAGAUGGUCGCUGGUCAGUUGUUCUAACAACACAACCAAAAGAUUAUGAUUACCAAGAGUCUGGUGGAGAUUUAUAUCUCAAUGAUAAAACUUUUGAAAUCAAUCCACCACCAAUUGAUGUCGCCGUUCGGGACGAAAUCAUUUCUUCUCGGGAAGACGGUACAUUGACUAUGGAUGACCCCGGUGACUAUGAUGAUGAUUUUGCCCUUUGGGGACAAUCCAUUGGUGGUGAAUCUGAAUCUGAUCCACCGCACCCGAGUGAAGGAAUACUUCUCGAAGUCGAGUACAACCAAUGGGGCCAGUGCAUUGGGGACACUGCAAAUGAACUGGUUAGCCAGAUUGGCUUGUAUGCAAGACGAAAUCUUCCACUGGCAUACAAUGAUUGGAGAAAAGUUCCAAUGGAAUUUAAAAAUCUAUUAUGGGAGUACAUCAAGUCAAUGUUCAAGUUAGGCCCAGAAGCUAAGCAUUCUACCUUAAAAACUGCUGGACGAAGAUGGAAAGACUGGAAAGCAUUCCUAACAAGGAACCUAAUUUUCAAAUACAAAGAUAAAGUUCCAGCAAUGCUCGAUCGUCCUCCAGAUGCUUAUGUUUCAUGUUACAAGCCCGAAGAUUGGAAAGAAUUUGUUGCCAAAAGAUGUAGUCAAGAAUGGGAAAAAAAGAGAAAGAAAAUGCAAGAUAUCAGGAGUCAAAAUACAUACAAUCACCAUGCGGGCCGAGGUGGUGUUAAGAAAGUUGAAGAAAAGUUGGAGAAAGAGUUGGGCCACCAGCUUACUAUAUAUGACAGGGCAUACUUGUGGAUUAGAAUACACACGAACAAAAACGGCGAGCUCGAUGACCCUGCUCAGGAGGUCGCUGACCGGAUUGCUGAGAUACGAAAGCAAGUUGAGGAGGGGACAAUAUUAGUAGAAGGCUCAAAAGACAUACUCACUCUAGCCUUGGGAACAGAAGAGCAUGGAGGACGUGUUAGAGGAAUGGGGGGUGGUGUCACACAGACACAGUUUUUCAAAACCCCGCGUCCUAAAAGAAAGAGAGUCGAUGACAAUGAUCGUAUGAGUGAGGUGGAGAAGCGACUUGAAGAGUCAGAGGAACAUCGUCGUAGACAAGACGAAUUAUUAAAUAAACUCCUCCAAAUAGUCCAAAGCCAAAGUGGUGUUGCGGGCACCUCACAUGCAUCUGGUUCAGGUGUUGGGGGAGCAUCCAACGAACCAGCUUUUGCUGCUGUUACCUCAGUUCUAGGAGCAACACCUACUGCCAGGGCCUCUGCUCCACCAACUGGCAGGGCCUCUACUACACCAAAUGCCAGGGCCUCUGCUCCACCAGCUCCCAAGGCCUCUGCUCCACCAGCUCCCAAGGCCUCUGCUCCACCAGCUCCCAAGGCCACUAUUCCAACACCUCCACUUGUUGCCCCACCAGCCACACCUUGUGCAGCUGCUCCACCAGCACCAUCUCCGGUUACUUCUGAUAAUAGAUUGAGGUGUGAUAUGUACGUGAUUGAUCCCAAAGAAAAAGAUUCGGUCUUAGUUGUAUCAGGUUAUGUGAAACUUGAAAAGGCAGACAAAGAAGGCAAUAUUAUAAUACAUGGAGUUAAAAAGAAGUUUGAUGAUUUCAAACGUGUCUUUAUUGAGAAGGUGGUUGAAGAAAAUGCCAUUCUACCAUGCCCUAUAGAACAUGAAGGCUUCGACACAGUUGAUGAAAGGAAAGAAGAAAGUUUCAAGAGAUCAUUUGGCUCCACCAGAGCUCGGCCACCGAUAAACCCAAAGGGGCCUAAUAAACAGUCUGUCAAACGGUACAUUCCCCCUGCAAAGACACAAUUAUUGUCUGGACUUUCAGAGAUUGUGAAGAAUUGGCCUGCUAAGAAAUCAAAGAGAUACUAUAUUAAACCGGAAGUGUUCGGAGGAGAAGGCCAAGAGUGUUGGAUCAGCGCUGACGAGGUGGAAGAUGUGUGCGAGCUCCAUAUGAUUGGAAAUACUGUUAUGUCUCUUUGGUGCAGUUAUUUGCAAGAACACACGCUUAAUCUUGGUGGGUUGAGGAAUACAUAUGCAUUUAAUAAUCCUGCUUCAGUAUCAACUGAAGCUGGUAAACUCAAACAACGUUCAGAGAAUCUAUGUCAGCGAAUGAUGGGUAUGCAACCUGAACAAUGGUUGAUAUGUCCGUGGAAUUCAGGUGAUCACUGGUUGACAAUUAUGAUUCAUGCCAAUACUCAAAGUGUUGCAUAUCUUGACUCGACGAAUGACUUUAUCCGAACUGAUAUUAUGAAAUGUAUCCAAAAUGCUGUGGACAUGUACAGGAUCGAAAAAAAUAUACGAAACAAGGGUCCAGUAAAAAUCAACCAAUACACGUGUCGACAGCAGCCGGAUGGAAUACAAUGUGGUUAUUAUGUUAUGAAGAUUAUUCAGAGUUUCAUGACGGUUGUUAAUCCUGCAAGUUUUUUGAAAAAUCAUUUCAAGUUAGACGCUCCCUAUAGUAACGAGGAGAUCAAUGCCGUACGGGAUGAGUUGGCCGAAUUUGUGAAGCCAUUGAUUAUAGAUUAAGUACUUAAGGUUACUACACUUUUGAUAUAAUACAUGAGUAACAAGUUUUAUGAUUAUUGCUAUCUUUUGCAUAUAUUAUUAGUUUAUAUUUAGUUUACGAUAUACAUGGAAUUUAAGUUUUAGAAUCGAUUUUAUUAACAAUUUUGGUAUUGUGUGAUUAGUUAAUAGAAUCGAUUACUAAUUUAAUAUAAGUUUCAAAAAUGUUAUUUUAA